CGUCAAGCGUUCUCCGAGUCAGUUUUUAAAUACAUUAUUUUCGGUUUGAAUUUUUUUUUUAGAAGGAAUAUUACCUCGCUAUUGUUUACUGGAGUUACUCGCAAAAUAUUAAGGUCAAUGAGGAUGCCUAGUAUGAAAUACCAGAGUGGGGAAACGGUGAUGGGCCGCUGGCCUGGCAGUAGCCUCUACUACGAAGUCAAGGUGCUGGGCUUCGACCCUAAGAAACAACUCUACACCGUCAUUUAUAAGGACGGCACUGAGCUGGAGCUCAAGGAGCAAGACAUCAAGCACCCUGCUGGAUUCCGUCAACGUUCCCGCUCUCGCUCUCCGGGCCGCCGUCGAAGCCGCUCACGUUCCCCUGCCAGGACCACACGGCGCUCCUCCUCCCGUACUGCAGCUGCUGUUGCCGCUGCUGCCAUAACAGAGAGUGUACCCUCCUCCCGCAGGGAUUCCAGGCUGAAGGAAGUAGUGGAGGUCAGGGUCAGCCCCCUGCAACCUGAAAAGCCUGUUGAGGUCAAUAGCAACAAUAAACAUGAGGAGAAUGACACUGCUAACAAAGUGAAUGAGAAAGUCGAGGAAGAACCUGAGAAGAACCAGAGUCGUUACAACCUGCGCCGCAGGAGGGAUGAUGGAGAUGCCAAGGAAGCUGAAGCCAGGCAACAGCAGGAGGAGAAGGAGGCCAAAUUUGAAGCUGCAUCUGCUGCCCCCCCAACCACCCCUCUGGACUUUGGAGGCAAGAUAGGAGCCAUUUUUUGGCUGCUCUUCCUGCCUGCCUGGGUUUUCUUCCUUCUAUCCCAGGUUAACCUGAAGGACCCCAGCCUAGCCAACUUCCCCCCUCCCCUGCCACCACUAGAGACCUUCUGGGAUACCCAGGCUGCCGGUGUAGUCAUCUUCUGGAUCUUGUUCCAGGCGUUGCUUUACGUCCUGCCUGUUGGAAAGCUGAGUGAGGGCAUGCCUCUGAGGUCUGGGGAGAGACUGAAGUACAGAACCAAUGGUUUCUUUGCCAUUGCGGUGAGCAGUGUGGCAGUGGUCGCCGCGAUGUACCAGGGCAUCGACCUCACUUACAUCCACAGUCACUUCCUCCAGCUGGCCGUUGCCACCUUACUCAUUUCCUUCAUGCUCAGUGUCUACCUGUAUGUCCGCUCCCGCUACGCGCCUCCCGACCAGCUGGCACUAGGGGGAAGUUCAGGCAAUGUGGUGUAUGACUUCUUCAAAGGACAUGAGCUCAACCCUCGCAUCAAAAACUUUGACCUGAAGUUCUUCUGCGAGAUGCGCCCGGGUCUGAUUGGCUGGUGUGUGAUCAACUUUGCAAUGGCACUGGCAGAGAUGAAGCAGCAGGGUCUGGAGGCUCCGUCUCACGCCAUGAUCCUGGUCAACCUCUUCCAGCUUCUCUAUGUGGUGGAUGGCCUCUGGAAUGAGGAAGCUAUCCUGACCACCAUGGAUCUGAUGCAUGAUGGUUUCGGCUUCAUGCUGGCCUUUGGUGACCUGGUGUGGGUUCCCUUCACCUAUACCCUGCAAGCUUAUUACCUGGUCAGCCACCCCAACCCCCUGGGCCCUCCAGCACUCAUAGCCAUUAUCACCAUCAAACUCCUCGGUUUCUACAUCUUCAGGAAAUCAAAUUCUCAAAAGAACACCUUCAGGAGAAACCCAUCUGACCCCAGCCUAGCCAACCUGAAGACGAUCCCUACGGCCACAGGGAAGAAUUUGCUGGCUGGCGGCUGGUGGAGCGUGGUUCGCCACCCUAACUACCUGGGAGACCUCAUCAUGGCCCUAGCCUGGUCCCUACCCUGUGGUUUCAGCCAUCUCCUGCCGUGGUACUACAUGAUCUACUUCAUCAUCUUGCUGGUGCACCGAGACUCACGUGACAUGAGCGAGUGCCGGAGAAAGUACGGCUCAGCGUGGGACGAGUACUGCCAGACCGUCCGCUACCGGAUCAUUCCAGGCAUCUACUGAGGGAAGAACGCUGAUCCACAAUCCCAACCUCAACGCCGAAAGCUCCUGAGCUGAGGCCCUUUGGACCCAGUAAUCACCCUUUGGCAAUGGAGGCUUACUAGAGACAACAAAAGAGGAAAGAAAAAAAAACCUGAAUGUAUUAAUUGACUGAUCUGAAAUUUUAACUAUUUUUCUAAUUUAAAAUUUUUAAAAACAUUUUUAAAGAAGCGUGACUCUGGGAGAUUUUGAAGAAACAGCAGCUUCUGUCAUGCUCAGAUGUAAGAAAAAAAUAAUGGUCAUCGGUGGAUGAACUGUUUGGAUUUUUGCCUUUAAGAAAAAUAUUGUCAAAAAGUUUACAGUAUCAAAGACCACAUUUAAAAAAUAACGCCUCUGCUGGGAAACUUGGUUAGGAUGUAUAUUUUUGUAUAUAUACAACUUUUUUGUACUCCAAAAAAAAAAAUUAAAAAAACCCUUUCAACUCACCAUUUUCAUAAAUUUUGCAAUUGACUCCAAUAUUCAAGUUGUAACAAUAUCGGCUUGGCUUUUAUUUUGAAGUAGUCUUGUAAGUACACUUUUCUAGUACAUUUUUAAAGCUUGUGUAUAUUGUGAAAGUGGGAUUAAAAUGCUACUUUUUUACCUGUACAGUGAAAUUUUUAGGAAUAAUUUUCUCUCUCAGGAUCCAGGACUUUGUCAUAAAGUUACAUAAUUUUAACAAUUUUGUUGUGAAUAUUUUUUUUCCUUGGAGAUGUAGUGUAAAAUUUAGUGUUAAAUGAUUUUGGUAUUUUUGAGAAAAAUGCACUAAUGAGAAGACUUAUUUUCAUAGCUUAUCACACCCAAAGUCUAUUUGAUUUGGCUUUGCUACCUCAGAUUCACUCACUGCCAGAUUCCUUCCUCCCACCCGUACCCUUUGGGGGGCAGCGUUGUGUAGUUUUGAGCAUGAUGUGACUGUUGGAAAAUGAAGUUUGACCUUUGCUUGUCUCUUUGAUCAAGGUCCCGACAAUAUCAGACUAGAGUUGGGUUGGACAAGUGGCCAUCCAGUGAACAGUGUUGUGUUUUUUGGAAUGGUGCUCAUGUUCAUCUGUCUUUCAAAUUUCUGGCCCCCCCUUAAAUCAAAUCAAACGACCCCCCCGAGCAGCCCUGUUCACCCGUGUUAAGUUGGUUUCCAGAGUUUAUUUUAUGUUGGUCGGCAUUUGCCAACACUGCCAAGCAUAUUUUGAUGAUGAAGCUUUAAGUCACUAGGUUGUAUGCAAUAUAUUUAAAUGAAGUGUAUACUGUGACGUGGUGCAGCGCUGUGCUGUUAAGUGUGGUAGUCACCAUGUGGACUAGGUCAUGCAUUUUCAUCCUGUGCAUUUGCAAACCCACAGUAGUAUUUAUAACGCCUGUGCAGAUGUAGAUGAGCAAGUUAAAAGCAACACAUUAACUAGACUACGUAGCAUUUUCUAUGCCAUGCUGACUGAAUGCAAUGUAAAUGUAUUCAAUUAUGUUUUUUACAAUUUUAAGUUAAAAAAUGGACAAUAGCAAUUAUAGAUGAUGAUGAUGUGUUUUGGGAUAGAUAUUUAAAGUCUCUUAAUUUGGGUUUAAAUUAACUUUUAAAACGAACUACCUACUUUUGACCACUGUAGCCAUCUUUUUAUCGUUCUCUAAAUGUAGACCUGCCCUACUUAAAAAUAGCUGUGUAAAAUGGAUGCCUUUUUAGCUCUCAAUCAGCUGGCCGGGUUAAUGAGUUGAAUGUUAUUCGAAAUUGAAAAAGCUUUUGCCCAUGUCCUGGUCACGUGUGGGGGGGAGAAGAGAUGUGCGACGCUGUUUAUCUUUGGCUUCGUAGAACGCUUUGUGCUCAACCCAGAAAUGAGAGGUGAUGGUAUCCCGUUGUUGAAAAAAAAAAAAAAAAGCUGAUGCAUUUUGAUUGGAAAGCCAAUUAAAAGUUGAGCAUUUUUCUGUGUGGUUUACAGAGUCGUUAGAUGGGAAGGAUCAAACCUGUGACAGUGGCUAGGAAAAACUCCUAUUUGUACAAAACUUUUUGCCAUAAAAUAAAGAUUGAAAAUAUUCUCUUUA